AUAAAGUCGGAAAAAAAGUUUGAAAAAGUCAGGUGAUAGCGUUUGCGGCGGCAUGCGAACGUGCGAAAAUGUCCGAAUUCCAUAAUUCGAUCGAAGAAGUGCAAUUAAACGAGAAAAAUGAAGAAAACAGCGAUAAAAAUGCCCUUUCGUGCGAAUUAUGUAAUGUUAAAGUCACCAGUGUGAAGAUCCUUCAGCGCCAUUUGGAAGGGCGAAGGCACAAAAUGAAGGAAGAGAGACAAGGAAAAACAUUCGUUUGUGAAUUGUGCGAUGUCGUCGCAAACAGCGAAAUUCAGCUAAACAUCCACUUGAACAGCAUCAAACACAAGAACAAGCUGAUGAAAAAAGAAAACUUCAUUUCGGACGCGACAGGAACCGCUGGCUUGUGGAUCUUACUCUUCUGUGUCGUUUGUAUUUUUAUUAACUUAUUGUUGUUGUUUAAAGUGAUUUGCCAGUAAUUUUGUUCAUUGUUACCAAAUUUCUAUUACCAUUAAAUUGUUGAACGAUUGAAA